AUGGAAAGGAAUGGUUCUUCAAAAUUUGGUCAUGUCCUCAUGCUUCUUCUGCUUCUUAGCAUCCUCUUUCACCAUACCGAAUCUGCUUUGCCUUCUAAUCAUGAACAACUCUCAAUAACUGAGGCUGUAGCUACCCCUGUAGCUACCCGUGAAGCUAUAUUCGAUGCAGCUGCGAAAAAUUAA